CGUCCACAACGCUUUUCAGCCCACCAAGCGCCAACGCGGCCUGUGAAUCCAAAUCUGAUCUCACCACGAUAACUACCAGCCCCAGAGCUAUCGUGCGACACUACAUUUAAGUCUGUAUAUGUCGAGUUCGCGGUGCGCCGGGUGGUGUCCCUGCUACCCAGGCCACACCUUUCUCCGUCGUUAAUGGAGGGCGAUCCGCUCGUGAGUCGAGACGCCGCCCACGCACCGCCCGACCCAUCCGACGCCCACGACGAGCCCGCCGCAGCCCACGACGAGCACGCAGCCCGCGAGAGCAGCGCACUCUCGAUAAAAGUAGAAGACCAGGCGUCGGCCGAGAGUGGAAUCGAUGGCGGCCUCACACCGCGCCCGGCCAAGCGCCGCAAGCUCGACGACCUCACGGCGCGUCGCUCCUCAUCGCGCGCCGUGUCGCCGCCGUGGAAGGCCUUCGCAGUCGACGGACCCACGACCAUAUUCGACAACGGCAUCCGGAAAUCGUCGCGUGUGAACAAGGAAGCGCCGCCGCCGCCGCAGCCUGAGCUCCCAAAGCGGAGCACGCGCCAUUCCGCGAAGGGGACACAGACAAACGGGACGCCGAAGAGCAUUGGCAAGCAGCCCGUAUCACGCUCAGUCUCGAGCUCGGGAGCACCCUCUAAAAGCAAACCUGUGCCAGCGGUCGCAAGGAAGGCGUCGGCGCCAUCGCUGCAGUCUCCCUUGCGGAAGUCUGAGCGCCACAGGAAGCCCUCAGCGGCCGCCAUUGCUGCCUCUCCCACCUCGCCUGUGCUCCAAAACGGCUCGCCGGAGAGCCCGCGGAAGCGUCCCGGCCGUCCUCGGAGAGCAACCCAGACUUCAGCAGAUGACGUAAGUGCGUAUGCGCUCAACACGCCCGCAGGCUAUCCACCCAAUGUGUCCGACCGGUACGGUCCCGUCGACGACUCGAGUGCCUUCGGGCCCGCUCCCCGCCUCCGCCUUCGUCUGCGCAAGCUCGAGCCGCCGAGCCGCCACCCUCAGCAUGCCCCGCCCGCUGCGAAAUACCCCUCGUUCACAGACUGGCUGCAACAUGACGAUCCACUCGAGGGAGAGGAGGCGCAGCGCAUAACGAAGGAGAAGGCAGAAGAGGAGGCUGCUCGUCGUCUACAAAUCGUCGAGGCUGCCGAGACCGGCCUGUUGAGCCUGGGCAAGUGCAGCAUAUUCCAGCCCGAACCCGCUGAAGAACCACCGCCUCAGUAUGGCCACUGGGACCACGUCGUCGCGCACGCGCUACACUUCAAUAAGCUGCUCAGAGAUGAGAAGACAUACCAUCGCAGAGUUGCCAAGACGCUCGCGAGGGAGGCGUACGAAUACUGGAAAGAGAAGUACAAGCGGAAGACACAAGAGGAGAUUGACCAGGAAGAGGCAGAGCGUGCAGUGCUCCGCUACAAGCAGCUUGUCAAGGACGUCAAAGACGCAUGGGCGAACGUCAAGCUGGAGAUCGAUAAGGAGCGCGUGGCCAGGUGGGAAGAGGAGCAGCUUCAGCUGGGCCACAAAGCCAUGGAUGACAUGUUCAACCAAGCUCAAGAAAUUCUUGGCCGCAAUAUGAUCGACUCAGCCUCGUCUUUCGUCAGCGAGGACCGCGGGACUGAAGGCGAAGGUGGUGACUUUGAGAGUGGAUCCUCCGACGAUGCCGGCGAAGAGCACGACGAGAACAUGACCUCCAGCUCGGAGAGUGACGAAGGUCACGACGAGGACGAAGACGCCAACCUCACAGCUGAGCAAUUACGGGCCAAAUAUGGACAGCUUCCAGAUCUGCCAGACGCCAGCUCUGGGGACGAAGAGGAAUCGGAAGAAAGUGAAGAGGAAGCGGAGGAUGAGGCUGAUAGUGGCACGCCUGAACCGACACCUGAUCCCGACCUCGAAAUGCACGAGAUACCGGAAAACCCAUUCGCCCAUACAAAUGGGUUUCAUGAGAUCGACGGCGACGUUGAGGAGGAAAAGAAGCCAGACUACAUCGAUCCGGCUACUGUCGAGCUUGAGCAGGUUGACGAAGCGUUGCUGGAUUCCGAGGACGAAGGUGCCAAGGAUUCCGAUUCAGGUAGUGAAGAAUGGUCGAGCGAUGACGAUUUAGAGGCGGAGGAGGAUGAGGGUUCCGGUCCCGGUUCCGGAUCCGGCUCCGAAGAAGACGAUGAUGUCGGCGUAAUGGGAUUUCUGGCACCAAACGAGAUCAAAAAGCUAAAGGACGCUGCGAAGUCCGCGAUAGACAAGGACAAUCCCGCCACAGAUGUACCUCCAGCCGAGCCCGUGAACGGGCAUGCUCCCGAAGAAGCAGAAGAUGUCGGAGAGGAGGAGCCCAAGCUCAACGGCAAUGCUUCUGCAAUGGAGCUUAACGGGACCGAAAUCAACGGAGAUGCCGCAACGAAAUUUCCCACACCGUCUAUCGAGGUAACGGCGUCGGAACCGGCGGAGGACAUAGUGCUUGAGAAGAGUAUAUCCCGCAGUAGAUCACGGCAGACGUCGUCACCUCCGCGAACAGAAAUCCCGUCUCUGCUAAGGGGGACACUUCGCGAAUAUCAACAUGACGGGCUAGAUUGGCUUGCGAAUCUAUUCGACUCUGGCACGAAUGGCAUCCUUGCCGAUGAAAUGGGUCUUGGCAAGACGAUCCAGACCAUAGCUCUCCUGGCCUACAUAGCUGUCUAUCAUGGACAGUGGGGGCCCCACCUCGUGGUCGUGCCCACCAGUGUAAUGCUCAACUGGGAAAUGGAGUUCAAGAAGUGGUGCCCCGGUUUCAAGAUUCUCACCUACUACGGCGACAUCAACGAGCGAAAGAGAAAGCGAAUGGGCUGGCGCACCACGGGGCCGGACAUGUUCAAUGUUGUCAUCACAUCAUACCAGCUUAUUCUCCAAGACGCUGCGGCCUUCAAAAUGCGAGCGUGGCAGUACCUCAUCCUCGAUGAAGCUCACAAUAUCAAGAAUUUUAAGUCUCAGCGCUGGCAGACGAUGCUAAACCUUCGGACUCAGCACAGACUGCUCCUGACAGGCACCCCCCUCCAGAACAACAUCGACGAGCUCUGGUCAUUACUAUACUUCCUUAUGCCGGCUGGCUUCGGGGGAGAAGGGCGAAUUGCUAGUCUUGAAGAGUUUACGAUGGCGCUCAAGAACCCGACGUCCCAGAUUCUUGACCAAGGCCGACAACAACUCGACGCAGAAGCUCAGAAAAUCGUAAGGAAGCUUCACGAGGUUUUGCGACCCUAUCUGCUCCGGAGGCUGAAAGCGGACGUCGAAAAGCAGAUGCCUGCCAAGUAUGAGCACGUCGUCUAUUGCAAGCUUUCAAAGCGUCAACGGCAGCUGUAUGACGGGUUCAUGGGCCGUGCGUCCACCAAGGAAAUUCUCUCCUCCGGCAACUACAUGUCCAUCAUCAACUGCUUAAUGUCCCUCCGCAAGGUCUGCAAUCAUCCGGACUUGUUUGAAACUAGGGCUAUUGUAACCUCAAUGGCCAUGCCAAAGUCAGUUCCUGCGGAGUUUGAGCCCAAAGAUCUGCUCGUCCGGAAGCGGUUAUACGAAGGCAUGGAAGACAAGCAGGUAAAUCUGGAUGCGUUAAAUCUGGUGUUCGCGCACCGAGAACGGACUACCAAGCUACAUGCUCGACGGUCACAGCAGAUACGUGCGACACGUCCUCUCGAAGAUCUCAUCGAGCGUCAUACCCGCCGUUUGAAUAGACCCGUUGAACCCGCGACGUCGCCCAUGCAAUCUGCAUUCUCCGCCAUGGCCCGCCAAGAGCGCGUUGCUGUCCGAGACCAUUUACAGACAUGCCUCAAACUGACCCGAUCACGGACACAAUUCAUGCCUAUCUACGGGAAAGACUUGAUUGACCGCGUGAAAAUGGAUUAUCAAGACUACGCGUUUGGCGCUCGGGAGCCGGAGAAGAUUAUCACCAAACCUCCGGUGCAGCCCCUUCGUCAACCGUUCGCUCCGGGCAUGCAAUAUCCACACACAAAUCCCUUCGCACAAGCGCCAGCGCUCCCGAAGCCUCAGGUAGAGGUUAUAGGGGGCAGAAAAGGCAGACUGGGCUUCCGUUCGCCACACCGCCCUGCAUUGGCGUCUCAAUGGUCCCUGCAGCGGAUAACCUUCUUCGAGUCCAUGGUUCCAACGCUAGAGCAGCGGGCUGAUGCAAUGGAGCCUCUCGUCACGAGAUUCACAUGUGUGACUCCUGCCGUCGCCGCUGAGGAACUAGCUCCUCUUACGUUAUCCAAACGUGGUGUAGCACUGAUUAGGUCGUCCAACAUGGCACACGAGAGGGACCCAUUCCAUCAAUCUCGCAUGUGCCAAUCGAUAGCCUUCCCUGAUAGGCGUCUCUUGCAAUACGACUGCGGCAAACUACAGCGUCUGGCCUUGCUUCUGCGAGAUCUGCAAGCUGGGGGCCACCGCGCUCUCAUUUUCACCCAGAUGACCAAGGUUCUUGAUAUCCUGGAGCAAUUCCUCAACAUCCAUGGACAUCGCUAUCUCCGACUCGAUGGCGCCACAAAGGUCGAACAACGCCAGAUCUUGACCGAUCGCUUCAAUAGUGACCCUCGGAUUCUAUGCUUCAUCCUCUCCUCACGAUCGGGUGGUCUGGGUAUCAAUCUCACGGGUGCCGAUACCGUCAUCUUUUACGAUCUCGACUGGAAUCCUGCCAUGGACAAGCAAUGCCAGGAUCGAUCCCAUCGCAUCGGCCAGACGCGCGACGUGCAUAUCUACAAGUUCGUCUCGGAGUACACCAUCGAAGCCAACAUCCUGCGCAAGAGCAACCAAAAGCGCCUUCUCGACGACGUUAUCAUCCAAAAGGGCGACUUCACCACCGACACCUUCAACCGCGUCACCUGGCGCGACGCCCUAGAUGACGGGACGGGCGUCGAGCUUGGCGACGAAGCUGGCGCUGCCAUGGACCGCGUGCUUGGCGAAAAAGCAGGUCUGCUCGGCGAUGCCACCGUUAUGGGCAGCGUAGAAGACCACGAGGAUCGAAACGCAGCGACAGUAGCACAGAAGGAGAUCGUCGACGAGAUCCACGAUGAUCAGGUCGAUUUCAGCGAGAGCAUCAACGCUACGCCGGCCAAUGCAAUUACACGAGCAGGCAGCGAAGCGGUCGAAGAGGGCGAGCAGAUGCCAGGCGGUAUCAACGGCGAGAGGCUGAGGAGGCAUGUCGACGAAUACAUGCUUGGGUUGUUCAGGGAGGAGUACGGCAAAGAGCCGUAUAGGCCGCCUACCGAUCGGCAGAAGCGGCAUCGCAAGGGGCACGAUGUGCAUCGGACGCACAAGAAGAAGAGGUAUUAAGGCAACUUCUCCUAUGAUUCCAACUUUUUCCUUUGCUCGGGAGAGCACGGCUGUAUUAGUACUAGAAAGGUGCAUGCGUAUGGCGUGGUGUGGGCAUUUGGCUGCAUGGAUAGCAGCUGGGGGAAAAAAGGAGAAGCUGACCUGGUGGCUGUAUGAUUAGUGCGAGGGCGUAAUGAUGCAUUGCCGGCGCGCGCAUGUGGAGAACGGCGUGUUUGGGCUGCCGCAUUGAAGGGCGUUGUGGAAGAAAAUGGAUCUGUUUGAAUUGUGCGAGUCGCUGCUUGG